AUGCAUUCAGUCAGAAGGCAGGCGCAUCGCGCCGCAUCGCAAGGUGGUAACAAUGGAGCUUUGAACUACAACCCGUUCGCCAGAGUACGAUCAAGGGACCAGGCACCACUAGGAGACGAGGAGAAUGUUCACCGUACACGGUCCGAGGCCGAUCAAAUUCCAGACAUCGAGGAGCAGAGGCGACUUGAGAGAGCAGAAGCAACAAAAGAGUUCGGAGGACCGCAUCACCACGCCACAGAGCCCAAUCAGGUUUCGCCAACGACAGCUUACGGCGACUCGAAUCUCAUGGAAUCAUCGACAAAAAGAGAAACCGAGGCAGUGCCACAAAUGAAUGAGGACGCAAAGGAUGGAAGCGACAGCACUGUUGUAGGCUCCACAGGCGGUGUAACGAAGCGCGGAAAAUUCAAGAAACUCUUCCGGCAAGAACACGAUGACGGACACGACGACACCCUGACGAAUCAAGAGUCCCAGGAUCUUUCUCUGGAAGAGCGCAAGCGCAAGGCGCAUAAGAGGAAGAUUCCGGUCGGACAGCAGUUCCGUUUCGUUUUGUUCGGAGCCUGGAUUAAUGUCCUGCUCAUCUUCGUCCCUAUAGGGUUCGCUGUUUUCUACGCUGGUCUCAAACCCGUCCCGGUCUUCAUCAUCAACUUCAUCGCCAUUAUACCGCUCGCGGCCAUGCUCAGCAAUGCGACCGAGGAGUUGGCGAUCAGAGUGGGCGAGACCAUGGGAGGCCUCCUGAACGCAACCUUUGGCAACGCUGUUGAGUUGAUCGUCUCAAUUCAAGCCUUGAUCAAAGACGAGAUUACCAUCGUCAAGACCUCACUCAUUGGCAGUAUGCUUUCGAACUUGCUCCUUGUCCUGGGCAUGUCUUUUUUCUUGGGUGGCGUCAAUCGACCUGAGCAGUUCUUCAACGUCACAGUUGCGCAGACAGCUGCAUCGCUCCUUGCCCUUUGCAUUGCUUCCCUAAUCAUUCCAACUGUCUUCCACAACACUAUCGCAGAAGACAACAAUGAUGACGGCGAUGCUCUGAGGAACCAAGAACUGUCACACGGUACUGCGGUCAUUCUUCUGUUCGUCUAUGGAUGCUAUCUGCUGUUCCAGCUGAAGACUCACGCGGAGAUGUACAACACUCCUAGCCAGAAAGUUCCCAAGCGCAAGUCGUCCAAAAUUGAGGAGGGUGCAGCAAACCGUGGGGUGGCAGCAAUUGGCGCUGGCACUGCAGCGGCAUCUGGAGGUGGUGUAAACCUGAAGAAUCUUCUUAACAAGCCCGACGAUGACGAGGAGGAGGAAGAGGAGUUUGAGACGCCUUCUCUAUCUGUCAUCGGCGCUCUAGUCACUCUUGCUAUCUCUACCACUCUUGUCGCUUUCUGCUCCGAGUUCAUGGUUGACAGUAUUGAUGGUCUUACUGCCACUGGCGGCGUGUCGACCACUUUUGUUGGCCUCAUCCUUCUCCCAAUUGUGGGUAACGCAGCGGAGCACGCCACUGCUGUUACUGUCGCGAUGAAAGAUAAGAUGGACUUGUCUAUCGGUGUCGCCGUUGGUUCGAGCAUGCAGAUCGCUUUGCUCGUCUUUCCUUUCAUCGUUAUACUUGGCUGGAUUAUGGGCAAGGACUGCAUGACCUUGUACUUCGACACCUUCCAGAUUGCGACACUGUUCGUCUCUGUGCUUCUGGUCAACUACCUGAUUCAGGAUGGAAAGUCCCAUUGGCUCGAAGGGAUCUUACUCAUGGCAAGUUACAUCAUCAUUGCUGUCGCUGCCUGGUUCUACCCUGAGAUCGCGGAGAAUCAGUGCUAGUUUUACGACCUCCGGAGUCUCGAUCGUUGCCUUUUCUACUGGCAUGUUGGAUUUCUCAUAGGAAUGCCUUAGCAUUACGAGGUAUGUGGUCACUUUGAGUGCAGCACCAAUGGCUGUGUGCGGGCAUUCGCAUUAUCGAUUUUCUUGCCGCAUGCGCGAUACCCCUGUGCCCUAAGUGAUAUAAUUUCAAGCAAUACAAACAAAUGCAAACACCUCUGAGCAUCCUGGCUGGCGCGAGUGAUGAUGGAAGCAUAUGUGCGUUAAUCUGCUUCCUGAGUAGACGGGGAGCUGCUGCGGAUGGUCUGUCGUCGUUACUUCAUUAGCCACCCUCUGUUGACCUCACACCCUCCACCAACGUACUUCUUCUCCAUAUUUGUUGAUUUG